AUGGUCGCCGGUGAGCUCGUGCAGGAGCAUCGUACCGGCUCACCUGACGACAUCACGAUUGUCUACGGCACCGCUGCUGUUUCCACCGGCCUCUUCAUUCUCACAUUACUGGUCAUUAAGGACCGGCCUCCCCUCCCUCCUAGUCAGGCCCAGGCAGUCCUACCAGACUCUCCUCCUGAGGAUUACUCCUACAAGAAGUCCAUCGUCAACCUUGUAAAGAAUAAAGCCUUUGUUCUACUGCUCGUCAGCUACGGUAUAAUGACCGGCUCCUUCUACUCUGUCUCAACACUUCUGAGCCAGAUGAUCACGGCCCACUAUGAGAACCAGGACUUAAACGCUGGGAGAAUUGGUUUGACCCUGGUUGUCGCUGGGAUGGUCGGCUCCAUCCUCUGUGGCCUGUGGCUGGACCACACAAAGACCUAUAAGAUGACCACUCUGAUCGUGUACAUCCUGUCCUUUCUGGGCAUGGUGCUCUUCAGCUGCACUCUGAACCUCGACAUCUACCUGGUCUUCUUCACCGCUGGAGUGCUGGGGUUCUUCAUGACGGGUUACCUGCCUCUUGGAUUUGAGUUUGGAGUGGAGAUCACCUAUCCAGAGUCUGAAGGAACGUCGUCUGGGCUCCUCAAUGCUUUCGCUCAGAUGUUCGGGAUAAUUUUCACUCUGAUUCAGGGCAAACUGACCACAUACUACAAUCCACUGGUAGGAAACGUCUUCCUCUGUGUUUGGAUCUUCUUGGGAAUACUGCUAACUGCCUUAAUUAAGUCAGAUCUGAAAAGACACAACGUCAACAUGGGAGCAAACACAAACCACCAAGCACUCCUCACCGAGUGUCCCAGGGACUGCCCUUCAGAGAAGAAGACCAACGGAGUCCAGAUGGAAUCCUCCGUCAGUUUCUCCCAUGAAACCUCAUUGUAA